CUCAAUCCAAGAUGGCGUCGUUACGUGUUCUUGUAGGAUGUAAACGUGUCAUUGACUAUGCCGUCAAAAUACGCGUUAAACCCGACAAAACUGGUGUUGUGACUGAUGGAGUCAAGCAUAGUAUGAAUCCCUUUGACGAAAUUGCUGUGGAAGAGGCGGUUAGAUUGAAAGAAAAGAAAUUAGCAUCUGAAAUUAUUGCUGUCAGCUGUGGACCUGCAAAGAGUGAGGAAACUCUCCGCACAGCCCUGGCAAUGGGAGCUGAUAGAGGAAUUCAUGUUGUUAUUGAUGACAAAGAUUAUGAAGGACUACAGCCACUUGGUGUUGCAAAACUGCUAGCUAAAAUAGUUGAACAGGAGAAACCAGACAUAGUACUUCUUGGCAAACAGGCUAUUGAUGAUGAUUGUAAUCAAACACCUCAAAUGCUGUCAGGUUUACUGAACUGGCCUCAGGCUCUUUAUGCCUCCAAGAUAGAACCAAAGGAUGGUAUACUACAUGUAACAAGAGAAAUAGACGGAGGACUUGAGAAUAUCACAGUAAAACUACCAUGUGUAGCAUCAGCAGAUUUAAGAUUAAAUGAACCAAGAUAUGCUACCCUUCCUAACAUUAUGAAAGCAAAAAAGAAAAAGAUUGACAAAAAGAAACCAGGAGAUCUUGGUGUGGAUAUCAGCCCAAAUAUCGAAGUAUUGAAUGUAGUAGAUCCUCCUGUACGUAGUGCUGGCAUAAAAGUAGAAACAGUUGAUGAUUUAGUGGGGAAACUUAAAGAUCAUGGAUUUCCUGCUUAGGAUGAUUUUGCGCAUGAAAUGGUUGCCUAUUGUACUUUCAUUUAAUUUGAUAUUUUCACACUCUGUACUUAAAUUUUGGUCAGGAAUUUGACUAUGAAAUUUUAAUAAACUAUAGUUGUUGUCUG